UGUGCGUGCCCCUCCAAAUCCACAUGAUAGGUACCUACUUACGACAGAGGUUAUCAGUUAUAUCUAUUCAAGGUCAAGAAAUGGAUGUGUCAUAGAACAAAUUUUGAAGGGGGAAAUGUCAACAUAUCUCAAUAUCUCAUUACUUUUACGACUUCUAUUCAAUCCAGUUAGCCUGACCUUUCGCCGGGGCAAGAUCAAGUUUGGUGUAGUCCGCAGGGUGCAAAAUGGAUAAAACUUUAAAUACAGAAUUGGCCGAGGAGAAUGACAGAGGAAACAAAGCAAUGGGCAAGCUGUCGCUGAUUGUUGAAAUAUGCGUUGUGGUAGUAAGCAUAAUGUGGACAAUACUUGUAUCGAUUUAUCGCUUGUUCAUUCCCGUACCGGAAAAGUCCGUUAAAGGAGAAGUAGUGUUGAUUACAGGCGCAGGCCAUGGACUUGGAAAGGAACUGGCCCUACUUUACGCAUCGGAAGGCGCAACGGUGGUUUGUUUGGAUAUACACGAAGAAAAUAAUAAAGAAACGAUUGCCACUGUGGCCAAAAAGGGUUAUCCUAAAGCGGUUGCUUACACUUGCGACGUUACUGAUUACGCCCAGGUACAUACAGUGGUUGACCAAAUCCAAAAAGAAGUAGGAGAUAUCACCAUUCUAAUCAACAACGCCGGAAUAAUGCCCACGCGCCCUUUCCUCCAACACACCAAAGAAGAAAUCGAACAAAUAAUGAAUGUCAACGUCUUAGGUUACCAAUGGACAAUGAAAGCUGUAUUACCUACAAUGGUAAAAAAUAACUACGGUCACAUCGUGGCCAUUUCCUCCCUAUGUGGAAUGCAAGGACUGCCCAAUCUCGCCCCAUACUGCUGUUCGAAAUUUGGAAUUCGCGGAUUGAUGAGUACCCUAAGGGUGGAGCUCGACUUUUAUGGAAAAUCUCAAAUUAAAACUACGACCGUGUUUCCAUACAUCAUAGACACGGGAUUAGCGAAAAAACCCAAAGUACGAUUUCCUGAUCUAUUUCCAAUUUUGUCGCCGUCUGUGGUGGCAAAGUGCGUAAUGACGGCCCAAAGACGAGAUGUUUUAGAACGAACUGUUCCGAGAGAGUUUGUUGUCACAGAUGCAAUUCUUCACUAUCUUCCUUACGCGGGGUCGAAGAUCUUAUGUGAUUUUCUAGAUAUUCGUAUAGAGGCUGAGUAACAAUAUGAUCAAAAAUCAACAAAAGUACUUACAAAAGUAGCGCUUCUUAAAAAACUGUCACCCAAAAUGUUAAUUUU